AUGGACGACAACAUCAACUACUACACUUCGUAUAACGCUCGAUCAAGAAGGGAACUGAAGAGCGCCGUGCUGAUCUCCAACAAUUACGCAAACGACAGUGGGCAUGUGGACCUGGGCUAUCCGGUCACAACCGUUCUUGGUACAAAACUGUUCAUGGACCCGAACCUCUUCGGUGUUAAGAUUGCCGUCAGAGACGAACAUGGUCAAGAACUUGUUGUAUCCACAGCAGAUCGGAAGUAUAAGGCCUCACUGCAGAAUCAGCUGCCUAAUAACAUCCGUGAGGUGGCUCUAAUCGUUUUGCAAUUUCGAAUGGAAAUCGGCUCUGACGUACAACCGGAUGAUAUGAAAGAGUAUGAACAAUCUAUCGUCGCCUACUUCCAGAAGUGA